UCAUGGGGAAUUGCUAAUUCCGCAUGGGUGAACUCAUUGAUUCGUGAUGUAUCUAAUCCAUCAUCAAAUGAUCCGUACUUUCCCACAUUCCGUAGUUUCGACUGGUUUGCCGGUCACAGUUGGGCAAGUGGAAUCUUUGCCUCUCAAGAUGGAAACAAUGAAGAGUCUACUAGCGAAGAUUAUAAUUUCUACUUUGCUGCAAAAUUGUGGGCUCAAGUCUCGGAGCGCUCCGGCGGAACUGUGAUGCGUAACUUGGGUAAACUGAUGGAUGUCAUACUGGCAGUUGAGUCAAGGGCAAUGCAAUCAUAUUUCCUAUUAGAGGAUGAAAAUACUGUACAACCGAAGGCAUUUUUAAAGAACAAGGUUUCGGGUAUAUUGUGGGAGGACAAACUUGAUCAUACCACCUUCUUUUCCCAGCAAACUGGGAAUCCAGAUGAUUCCAAUUACACCUAUUGUGCCAUAUUUUAG